AGUCCAACAGAGACUGGUUCGGGUGUAAAGCCUCGCGUGUAAUUCCCAAGGUCACUCUUCCCUGUAUCAUUUAUUUGGUAAACGACUGAAUUAAAUCAAUGUCUCACAAGCGUCCUGAGCACUCACUUCCUCCCGAACUGGUAAACUAUCGUAGUAUUCUCCCUUAUUUCUAGUACUAUAACAGUGAUGAGGCCAAAAAAUACAGUUCAAAGUGAGUUUCGUAUUUCUCUCUUUUUUUUGUAGUUCUCAUAUCAUUGAUAUUCAAACGCGUAUCACAGAACGGGCUUUAGAAUUACUUGCGUUGCCUGAAGAUGAAGCAUGCAUGGUUUUAGAUAUUGGAUGCGGCUCCGGUUUAAGUGGUGAAACUAUUACUGAGAAUGGUCAUCAUUGGGUUGGCGUUGACAUAAGUAAAGAUAUGCUUGAGGUUGCAUUAGACAGAGAAGUGGAAGGUAGUUUAGUACUUGGUGACCUUGGUUGUGGAUUGCCGUUUCGUGGUGGAUCAUUUGAUGGGGCCAUUAGCAUUUCAGCAAUACAGUGGCUAUGCAAUGCGGACAGAUCCUCUCAAAAUCCUAUUGCACGUCUAAGAAGAUUUUUCGUCUCGCUGUACAGCAGUCUUACUCGUGGUGCACGAGCAGUUUUACAGUUUUAUCCGGAAUCCAUAGUUCAAGCAGAUCUUUUGCAGAAUGAAGCUACGAGAGCUGGAUUCACAGGCGGUCUUGUAAUUGAUUACCCUAACAGUACGCGAGCGAAAAAGUACUUUUUGGUAUUGGAUGUUUGCAGCACGCGCCGUAUCCCGCAGCCACUUACAGAAAAUAAUGAGAUGUCAAAUCAUAAUCGGAACAAAUUAGAGACCUUGAGAGAAUGUAGACAGAUGAAGAAAUUGCCAAAGCACAGUGUAGCCUGGAUAAAACAAAAAAAGCAACGUGCCAGGGAUCAAAUGAAAGAAGUUGCUCGUGACUCUAAAUAUACAGGACGCAAGCGUCGUGCUAAGUUUUGACACGGUUUCUCAUUAAUUUCUUUAAAUUUACGACCUGUAUAUUGUGUAUCUCGUUUAUAAUCAUCAUGGAAUUUGACUUCAAAGUUGUUCAAUCGAUUCUCCAAUCCAUCUUCUCCAACACCUUCAUGUUUUUUCAUAUCUAAUUGUCAGUGUUAAAAUUGUGAAAACUUUGUAAACAUUUAAUUAUUCGAGUUCCUCCCUCAGAUUUAUUAGUUCGAUUGUAAGUUAAUAUCUUCCAAUACACUAAUUUCAUACUUAAAAAUAUGUGAUAGUUUUCCAAUCAAAAUCGUGUUUUGCAAUUCUCUAAGUGAUUUAUUAGCUAAUGUUUUAUGUAUUUACCGCGUGCAAUCGAAAUCAUUACUUACGUGUUGAUCAUUAAGACUUACAUUAAAUGAUAUAUAAUUUUGAUUGAGUCCGUCUUUCUUGUUACUUGUAACGUUUAAUGACGUAAAAUGAGUGUUCACACUAUGAGUGGCAUGUUCUGAAACGUUUGUUGUACCCUUUACUGUUAUCACUGUUAAUCCUAUAAAGCAAUGUGGAAUAUCUGUAUUUAUUGCGAAUAUUUGAUUUCCAAUAAUGUAUUCAUGAGUUUCUUUGACAAAUUAAAGCGUUAUUCUC